AUGAGUAUUCAGAGGAUAUUACCCAUGCCUGAGAACCCAAACCAAGUAAUUUUGAUGGAUAACGAGACCAGAGGGAAUGUUUUUGAUCUGAAGACCAAGAAGAUUGUUAGACAUCUUCCCGCUUUUACUGGGGUUUGUACGAGAGACGGAAGAUUGGGGAUUAAUGCACCCAGCAAAGGGGGAUUACAGGUGAGAUCAGGGCUGAUAAUACCGCGUCAGGACAUUUCCGGGAUUUGGACACUUCCGGAAUAGCGGAAAAGUGACACUUCCGGAACCGGGGAAAAAUCAAAGAAAAGGCUUACAAGGGCUCGGCAAAACCUCGUCCCCUGGUUUCUUCUUGAAACAUACACCAUUUGAAAGAGCGCAAAAAACUGGUCUAGGAUCACCUUUAAUUAGCUGCUAAGAUUCACUUACGUGCUAGCUAGCGAACUUUUUUUCAAAAUUCCCAAUUAGACUUACAAGGGCUCGGCAAAACCUCGUCCCCUGGUUUUUUCUUGAAACAUAUACCAUUUGAAAGAGCGCAAAAAACUGGUCUAGGAGCGACUUUUAUUAGCUGCUAUUAUCCACUUACGCGCUGGCUAGCGAGAAUUUUUUAGUUCUAGGCUAGUCUCACCCUUCUUUUGAGAAAACAAACGCGAUCGGUUUCAAAAGCAAAUCGAAGCAGUGCUUCGGUGGCCUAGUGGGGAAAGGCGCUGCUCAAGGACCUGCGAAGCGGGUUCGAAUCCUUUUUUGAAUUUGUUUAUUUUUCUGGCUAGUAUGGAACAAAUAGAGUCAGAAAGUUAUGUUUAAUUUUUGACUAGACUUUUGCGUAUACUCAGGUCCAUUUUAAAAGAAAAAACUACAACUUUUUCGUUUUUUUUUUGUUUUGGCCGCUUUGACCUUGUAUUGGGACAUCCUGGGUGGUUGAAACUUUCGAAGGCUUUCAUAUUUUUACUAGGAAUGCUCGCUAACGGAAAGUACGUAAAAAUUGAGUCUGAAAACAUCUUACAUGUUUGGAACAUCUUCGUUUGUCUUGAGUUACAGGACCUAAAACAUCGCGCAAUCACUCAUUGAGUACAUCAACCUGAAUGUUUCAAACUCAGAAAACCUUUUGUAUUUUUUGACAUGGGUUGAAGCGUUCAACCUCAUUAAUGACUAAUAUUUAUAUGAAAAGUGAUUAUUCGAUCUCGUUCACGUCUCAGAAGCAAGAAGUUUCAAAAUUCAACUUGGAAAUUUUAAAAAAUGCCCGCUAGCCAGCCCGUAAGUGGAUAAUAGCAGCUAAUUCAAGGUGAUCCCAGAACAGUUUUUUACGCUCUUUCGAAUGGUAUAUGUUUCAAGAUAAAACCAGGGGACGAGGUUUUGCCGAGCCCUUGUUAGGGAACCUUUUCUUCUGAGAUGCCAACGAGAUCGAAUAAUCACUUUUCAUACAAAUAUUAGUCACCUAUGACAUUGGACGCUUCAAUCACGAUCAAAAAACAUAAUUUUUUUUCCGAGCUUGAAACUCUCAGGUCGAUGCCCUCAACGAGUGAUUAGGCGAUGUUUCAGGUCUUGUAACCCGAGUCAUACUAGGAGAUUUCAAACAUGUAUACCGUUUUCAGGCUCGUUUUUCACGUGCUGUCCGUAAAUGGGCAUUCCUGGCAAAAAAUAUUAAAGCCGUUGAAAGUUUCAACCAUCUUGGAUGCCCACUGCAGGGUCAAUGACACCUAUAUCAUAAAAAAUUUAAAAACCUGUCGAUUUUUCUAGUAAAACCAAUCUAGCGUACCCCAAAAAUCAAUUUAAAAUUAAAGGCUACAUGCUAGCCUUCUUCAUUCCAUAAUAGCCAAAAAAAAUCCAAAAAUUCAAAAGAGGAUUCGAACCUGGUCCGCACGUCCUCCUUGUAGAGCGCCUUACCCCACUAGGCCACCGAAGCACUGCUCCGCUGCACGUCAAACUGAGAUAAGCUAAAACAGUCCGGCGAAUAGAUUGGCAAUUCGCCAAAAAAAGACGCGAAAAAACGUUUUGUCGGGGGAGAAAUGGGGAAUUUUUGGGGCGAGAGAGUACGUUUUUACGUGUCUUUUUUCUCUCUUUCUCUGGAAAUCAAGACGAAAUGUAAAAAACCGAUAGCGAAGAGUCUAUUCCGGUCACCGGACUCCUCAGUUUGACGUGCGCUGUGCUUUUGAAAUCGAUCGCUUUUGUUUUCUUGAAAGAAGGGUGAGGCUGGCUUAGAACUAAAAAAUGCUCGCUAGCUAGUAUGUAAGAGAAUCUUAGCAGCAAAUUAUGGGUGAUCCUAGACCAGUUUUUUGCGCUCUUUCAAAUGGUAUAUGUUUCAAGAAGAAACCAGGGGACGAGGUUUUGAGCGCUUGUUAGACCUAUCAUCUGAACCAUCUGAAUAGAUUGACCGUUAUUAACUUCGGGUUUUUUUCUGGUUGUCAUUUUUUCUUAUGUAGUAAUGUUAAAAAGUAAUUUUUUGAAAUUUUUUUCAAAAAUAUUCGAUUUAGGGGUUUUCGAGGAUGCUGGUUUCGAAAAUCAUGUUCAUUUUUUCUGAUUGUUACUUUUUUCUAAAGUAGUAGUGAAAUUUUUUGAAAAUUUUCAAAAAAUUACUUUUGAACACUACUACAUAAGAAAAAAGUAACAACCAGAAAAAAAAUGACAAAAUUUUUUAGAUUAAUAACAAUAAAUCCAUUCAGAUGGGAGGUCUAAGCCUUAUGAUUUUCCCCGGUUCCGGAAGUGUCACUUUUCCGCUAUUCCGGACGUGUCCAAAUUCCGGAAAUGUCGUGGUGCCGAUAAUACAGGGUAUUUUAUGGUUAUUUGUAUUUAACAAAAGUAAAAAUAUCAGUAACAUGCAAAUAAUCGAUAGCGCUUAUUCUGAAAAUUUUAUUCAUUUUUUCUGAUUUGAAAUCAACCCCAUCGAAAACCCCCAAAUCGAGUAUUUGUGACAAAAGUUCGAAAAAUUACAACUUUACAGUACAUACUACUUAGGAAAAAACGUUACAAUUAAAAAAAUAAAUAUGAUUUUUGAAUCUAACGCUAUCGAUGAUCCUGACGAUUGAGUUCGAAACUUAUGUGCAAGAAAAAUAAUAUUUUCAGUUUCCCUCAAUCUGCAAUAAGAAUUCUUUUCCAGUUAAUCGAUCUCAAAACAGGCCAAGUCACAAAAACGUUGAUUGGCCAAGUUGCCGAGGGCGUGAAUGAUGUCCAAGCCAGGUUCACGGCGACAGGAGAGCAUAUACUUUAUUAUCACAAUGGCCUGCAAACCCUGCGGGCAUAUCGCGUAAACGAUGGCCAAUUAAUUGGUACCCUGCGACCCCAUUCUCGGGUCACAACUUGGACGUCGGACAACUCUGGCCAAGAAAUUGUGAUGGGGGGAUUGGAUGGAUCACUCUUGACGACCUUUUUGUACGAUGAAAAGAUUUAUCCGGACUCUCAGAAAUCACUGGCCCAUCUCCCGAGUCGACGGUAUCUGGCUGAUCACCUGAAUAUUGUUGUAUGUGACCAGAUUUUACGGGUGCCUGACAGAAUCGCAAAAGUUUCCAAGCGCAGUAAAGAAUAGUAAAUAUUAAGCCUAACGAUAAGCAGGAGCUUCGUUGCGUUAUGCAGCGUCCGAAGUUUUUGCGAUUCAGUCACCGUACCGAUUUUACAUUUCAACACCUAAUUUGUGACUCUUUUAGGUUGAUGAUCCCGCUUCCAAUGACAAUACCGAGUUCAGGAAUCUUACCGUACUCACAAAAGCUGUUCAGAAGUUCAAAAGUCUGAUCAACAAAGACCAGCAGUCAUCGCAAGUGUGCUCGAUACAGUAA